AGCGAGUUCGUGAUAGUAAAUACAAGCAGAGUGAAGACAGAGUGAAAGAGCGCUGACACAACAAGCGGAAUAAAAACAGCACUGACACACACAUUCAAGCACUGGCGGGCGGUUUUGCUGACUCCGCCGAUGGAUGAUGAGGAUGAACAGCUUCCUCACUGCUGUGAAACACCGCUAAGAAACAAUAGCUCAGAGAACAGAGACGGGAGAGGUGGAGAGGUGGGACAAACAGCUAACAGACACGAACGCUUUAAAGACAGAUCAACACAGACUGCCAGCUCUGUGCUGAAUUCAGCGAGAGACAGAGCUAUGGCACCAUUCCAGGGUUUAGAGAGAGAUGCAUCAUCUCCCUGCAGAGCUGUGGAUGCCAGGACUGCAUUUGGGGCUAACUGUGGAGCCGGGGGCCUUGCGUCACUUACUAUAGCCCCUGGGGCCCCAGAAGGGCCUAGAGCACUUUUCCAUGGAAAUGCUGGAUUUCGUGCACACUUCCCUGCAUUGUUUGAACCCAUCUUGGAUGGCACACAAAACGCAGAAGAGGACGAAGGGAGACCAGAAGAAAAGGAAGAUGAACGGGACAUUGGAAUUAGUGUGGAGAUUCAGAUUGGACGUAAACUGCGUGAAAUGGGGGAUCAGUUUCAGCAGGAUCAUCUUCAGCUGUUCACUCAAAGGGGCCAGAUGGGUUUGUUCCAGCUAGUGACGACGCUCUACAACUUCCUUUUCCCUCGUGAAACACCCCAAAAUGCAAGAGCCCAGAGAUGAGAGGCCAUGGCACACCCGUUCAAGAUCCAAAUGAGUUUCUAGUUCCAAAUGAGAUCUGGAUUUACACGGCUCAAAAAGAAGGCUGCCGCCGGUCGGAGACUUUCCUCCUUUUUCUGAAGAAGCCAUUCUCAAAAUGGAGGGUUGGAGAAAAUUUUCUGCAGGUUGCAUAUCACUAUGAAGAUAUUAAUAUUCUGCCUUGUUUCCCCAACACGUUCACAUUUGAGUGGAUCUUAGCGCCUUAAUAAAACCCUCAGAAGAAGAAAACUGCUUUAAUUGGCAACAAGCUGUGAGAGAACUCGAGGUCAACAGCAUUUGUGCUGACUUUAUUUAAUGCACCUACUGAACUCUGAUGCAUCCCAGAAUGGCUUAUGCUCGAUUCACUGAGUUGAAGGACAGAACGGACGUGACGCAACACAAGCCAGAGGCCAUUAUAUAUUGCUUCUUAAAGGACCAACACAGUACUGAAAAAAAUAUUGGUCAAAUGCAUAAAAACAA